ACUCAUUGUACCACCGUUUUUCAAUUUCUUCUCUCUCAAUUCUUAUCUAAGAUCAAAACAGAGUAUCAAACAAUGACUUUUUUCGCCACCAUGAUCUCUCUACUCCUCCUCGUUCUCUCUGUUUCCUCAACUUAUGUUCCUACAAAUUCUAUUACACAAUUGUCUACUCCAACUCUACCUGCAAAUCCUGUAGCACAAUUGUCUACUCCAACUCCACCUGCAAAUCCUAUUGCACAAUUAUCUACUCCAACUCCACCAGCAAAUCCUAUUGCACAAUUGUCUACUCCAACUCCACCUGCUAAUCCUAUAACACAAUUAUCUACUCCAACUCCACCGGCAAAUCCUAUUGCACAAUUAUCUACUCCAACUCCACCUGCAAAUCCUAUUGCACAAUUGUCUACUCCAACUCCACCUGCAAAUCCUAUUGUACAAUUGUCUACUCCAACUCCACCUGCAAAUCCUAUUGCACAAUUAUCUACUCCAACUCCACCGGCAAAUCCUAUUGCACAAUUGUCUACUCCAACUCCACCUGCAAAUCCUAUUGCACAAUUGUCUACUCCAACUCCACCUGCUAAUCCAAUUGCACAAUUGUCUACUCCAACUCCACCUGCUAAUCCUAUUGCACAAUUGUCUACUCCAACUCCACCUGCUAAUCCUAUUGCACAAUUAUCUACUCCAACUCCACCGGCAAAUCCUAUUGCACAAUUGUCUACUCCAACUCCACCUGCAAAUCCUAUUACACAACUAUCUACUCCAACUCCACCGGCAAAUCCUAUUGCACAAUUGUCUACUCCAACUCCACCUGCAAAUCCUAUUACACAACUAUCUACUCCAACUCUACCGGCAAAUCCUAUUGCACAAUUGUCUACUCCAACUCCACCUGCAAAUCCUAUUGCACAACUAUCUACUCCAACUCCACCGGUAAAUCCUGUAGCACAAUUGUCUACUCCAACUCCGCCUGCUAAUCCUAUUGCUCGAUUUCUUGCUGCACGACGAUCAGGAUCAGGACCAUCCGCUGCUCCAGUCCAGCUCGAAGCCCUUCUCAGACGAGCCAUGGAUCUUCGUUGAUUCCAAUCUCUGGCUUGACAUUUGUAAUCAGUGGCGCAUUGGUCAUAUUGUUCUCUCAUAUCUAAAACCCGAGAUCCCUUUACCUAAAUAAAGACCUAAGCGUAUUUUAAAUUAGUUGUGGUGUUUCCAUAAUUCCAUAAAGACUUAUCAUGUUUCAAUGAAGAAGACUUGUGUU